AUGUUUUAUGAUACCUGUUUCACUAACUACAUCCUGUUAUCUACUGAUAAAGUAAAAGUUAUUUGUAGUUCUGAUCUAAGUUUUUUACAACAACAUAAUACCAUUAUUGUUAUUAUUACAGCUACACCAAGUAAAAAGAAAUCAAGAUCUUAUGAAAAAUUAGAUAAUCAACUAGAUACUGCUAGAAAAUCAAAUAACAUUCCCACUACUAUUAAUAAUGUUAUUUCUCAAGUUCGUCAUAAUGAAUAUUCUCUUAAACCUAACAACACAAAUCCUAUACCUGUAAAUAUAAAACAUGAUGAUUUACCUGAUACUGAUGAUAAUGCCAUUCUCACUCCUUCUCCAAAUACUAAAAAAGAAGUUGAUGUUCCUUCUGUUGAUGAUAAUGAUCCUAUUAUGACUAUCUUUACUGAUCUUUCUCUUUCUUUAGACAAAAACACAAAACAAACAAGAAAAAUUUAA